AUGGCAAAGAAGAUCAUCACCAUCCUAGGCAUCACAGGCAAGCAGGGUGCGUCCGUUGCCGACGUGUUCAUCCGAGAGGGAGGCUGGCACAUCCGUGGCGUAACUCGUGACCCGAGCAAGCCUUCGAGCAAGGUGUGGGCCGACAAAGGCGUUGAACUCAUCAAAGGUGACAUGGACGAUGUCGCUCUUCUUAAGAAGGCUUUUGCUGGAUCGAACGUCAUCUUCGGCCAAGGUCGCAACAUUGUUGAUGCGGCGAACGCAACCCUUGAUACUCUUGAUCGGUUCGUGCUCUCGACACUCUCGGCCACGAAGAAGUGGAGCAAGGGCAAGUAUUCGCACAACUACCACUUUGAUGCUAAGUGGCAGGCUGUCGAAUACCUGAAGGCAAUGUACCCGGAACUGGCCAAGAAGACCUCGUAUCUGCAGAUGGCGCUGUACCUGACCAAUUGGAAGGGCUCCACGGGCCUUCCGAUAGAUGGCACCUUCGUGCUGAGGAUUCCUGGAGAUCCUGAUGGACCGAUUGCACAAGUCGAUGCACGCCGAGAUACUGGCGAAUUCGUAAAGGCUCUGUUGCAUGUUCCUGCUGGACAAAACCUCCUCGGAGUUGCUAGUUCUCUGAGCUGGAAUGAGUUUGCUGCUCUAUGGGGCAAACACCACGGCGUUACCUGUCGCUUCGAACGUCUUGACCGCAAAGUCCUCGAGGAUGCUAUCCCAGGAGGAGUCGGUGAGGAGUUAGCCGACAUGUUCGAAUAUAUCGCAGAGUUCGGCUACGACGGCGGUGAUCCAACUAUCGUGCUGCCAAAAGAUCUCGAUGUGCACGUCCCAGUCUAUACAGUUGAAGAGUAUAUUAAGAAUGAGGACUGGUCUUCGCUGCUCUAA